AUGGUAACAGCAUCUUAUGCUUUUCCUUUUGUUAGUGAAACUGUGAAAAUGUCUAUCUAUUUGCCAUGUGAUCAGAUACAAUGCUACACCUCGUUGCCUCUGAGAAUGUUCUCGAGAUGUUUUGGAUGGUUGGCUGAUUGUCGAGUUCCUACACCUUUAAGACCUGUUGUUUAUGGGUGCUACGCCAGUGCCUUUGGGGUCAAUAUGCAAGAAGCUCUAGUCACAGAUUUCAAACAAUAUAGGAGUUUAGCAUCAUUUUUCUCUCGUCCACUAAAACCUGAUGCCAGAACCAUAGAUCCAAAUAGUUGUUUAAUAUCACCUUGCGACGGUACAGUUUUGCAUUGUGGAGUUGCUGAUGGAGCAUACAUCGAACAAGUCAAAGGAGUCUCUUACAAACUGGACUGUUUCCUGGGUCCUCCAACGUGGUGCCAAGCAGAUGAAAAGUUAGAUGAAACGAAUGAUAUGAAAGUCAUCGAUGUGAAUAAAUUUAGUUCUACGAAAAUUUCAAAUGUGGACAAUCCGUUUCACAGGACGGUUAUGCACAGUCGAGAUGGAAGCUCUGCAUUGUAUCAGUGUGUUAUUUAUUUGGCACCAGGGGAUUAUCAUAGAUUCCAUUCACCAACAGUGUGGAACCCUGUAUUCAGACGGCAUGUUCCUGGUGAAUUAUUAUCAGUGAAUCCAAAAAUAGCAAAUUGGGUCCCUGGACUCUUCUGCCUUAAUGAACGUGUUCAUUAUGUUGGAACAUGGAAACAUGGUUUCUUUAGCUUUACAGCCGUAGGUGCUACAAAUGUGGGGUCAGUAAAAGUCUACGCCGAUGAAACUUUAUCCACAAACCGAUGGAGAGGUUGGCGUUCGACGUUACCGACUUUAAAAAAUCGACCAAAAAUCAAUGAACCACCUCCACGAGAACAUUGCAACGAAUGCAAUAUCAAGAGUGAAAUUCGAUUUGGAAAAGGGGAGCUGAUAGGACAUUUCAAUAUGGGAUCGACCAUUGUGCUCGUUUUCGAGGCACCAGCUAACUUUAAGUUUGCUUUGAAACCGGGAGACAGAGUUAAGAUGGGACAGAGGCUCGGAUUCCUUGGACAAUACGUAGAACAGUUGACGACAAAGGAUUCAUCAAACGACAAAGAUGAACAUUGUAUAUAAAGCAACUCGAAUAUUAGAGAACAAUUUCAACGAUAUAUUUUUCCUAAAACAUUUGUUGUACUUUGUUUUAAC